CGUGCGCAGUUGGUCGCGAAGCCGCCAUGCCGGAGCCGCACGCGUCGUCUCCGCUGCGAGUCAACAAGGCGUUUGCUGCCCGGUACGGCCGCUACCGGGAGCGAGAGGAGCUGCAGCGGCUGAAAGAUCGCUACGGAGACCCGGAUAGCAGCGGCGACUCCAGCUCCGAGUCUGACUCCAGCGACGAGCGCGUGGAAUUUGACCCUCAACAGGAGCGUGACUUUUAUAGGACUCUCUCUUUGUUGAAGAAGAAGGAUCCCCGCAUUUAUCAGAAAGAUGCCACCUUCUAUCAGAGAACAGCAUCAUCCUCGGAAAGUGAGGACGAGUCAGCAGCCAAGGCAAAGCAAAAGAAGGUGCAGCCCAUGUACCUGAAGGACUACGAAAGAAAAGUUAUUUUGGAGAAAGAAGGCAAAUAUGUCGACGAGGAGAAUUCAGACGGGGAGCCCUCCUGUCAGAGAUUCCAGCAGAUUUCUUCAAAAAGUUAUGUGGAAGAACAAAAACAGCUCAAGGAAAGCUUCCAGGCGUUCAUGGAGGACAGUGAGGAUGAAGACAGUGCCGGAGAAGGUGGCUCUGGCUUGCUGCAGAAACGAACUAAAACCAGGGAGGAGAAGGCGCAGGAGGAUGCUGACUACGUGGAAUGGCUGAAAGGGCAGAAGGAGAUUCGAAACUCAAACACUCAUACGCUGGAAGAACUAACCCACCUCAAGGAAUAUUGGAACAACCCAGAGCUGGAUGAAGGAGAGCAGUUUCUGCGAGAUUAUAUCCUCAACAAACGCUAUGAGGAGGAGGAGGGAGAUGAGGAAGAAGAAGAUCAGGAGGAAGGGGUCCCCAGUCCUGUCCAGUUGGCUGUGGAAGACUCCUCAGAUGAAGGGGAGCUAUUUCUGAAGAAGCAAGAGGACUUUGAGCACAAGUACAACUUCCGCUUUGAGGAGCCAGACUCUGCUUUGGUCAAGACCUACCCUCGGAGCAUCGCGUCCUCUGUGCGCCGCAAGGAUGAGCGCAGAAAAGAGAAGAGGGAGGAGACCCGGGAGCGAAAGAAGAGGGAGAAAGUGAAGAAGCAGGAGGAACUCAAGCAGCUGAAGAACCUGAAGAGGAAGGAGAUUCUAGCCAAGUUGGAGAGGCUGCGGCAGGUCACAGGCAAUGAGACGCUGGGCUUUGAGGAGCGGGACCUUGAGGAUGACUUUGACCCGGCCCAGCAUGACCAGCUCAUGCAGAAGUGUUUUGGGGAUGAGUACUAUGGCACCAUGGAGGAGGAGAAGCCACAGUUUGAGAAAGAGGAAGGACUUGAAGAUGACUGGAACUGGGACACGUGGGCUGGGCCAGAGCAGGGUGGUGCUUGGAGCCAGCAGGAGCUACACUGUGAGGACCCAGACUUUAAUAUGGAUGCUGAUUACAAUCCCAGCCAACAGCGGAAAAAGCAACGUGAGGCCCCCUUGACAGGGAAGAAGAAACGCAAGUCGCCCUUUGCCUCAGCCGUGGGGCAGGAAAAGCCUGUUUUCGACCCUGGAGACAGAACUUUUGAAGAGUACCUGGAUGAGUAUUACCGGCUGGACUAUGAGGACAUCAUUGAUGAUCUGCCCUGUCGCUUCAAGUACCGAAGUGUGGUGCCCUGUGACUUUGGGCUGAGCACUGAGGAGAUCCUUGCUGCCGAUGACAAGGAGCUGAACCGGUGGUGCUCCCUGAAAAAAACCUGCAUGUACAGGUCAGAGCAGGAGGAGCUACAGGACAAGAGGGCAUACAGCCAGAAGGCCCGGAACUCAUGGAAGAAGAGGCAGAUCUUCAAGUCACUCUGCCCAGAGGAGACGGAGACAUCAAGGGAAGCCACAGAGAAGCCACAGAAAGACAAAGCCAGUCUGCAUGGGCAGCAGCUGACACCUGAUAGGGUCUGCAGAAAGCAGCCCUGGCCUGAGAGCCCCCCAGUGCAGGAUAAAGGGACCCCUGUGUCAUCCAGCCAGAAGCCAGCCUCCCAGAAGCGGAGGAGGGGCAAGAAGGCCCGUCUUCUGGGCCCCACAGUGACGCUUGCUGGUCAUGAGUUCAGCCGUCAGAGACUGCAGGCCUUUGGCCUCAACCCCAAACGGCUACACUUCCGCCAGUUGGGCCAACAACGGAAGAAGCAGCAGGGGCUCAAGAACGCGCCCUAAAUUCAGCAGACACCCUGGGUCCCACUCCACCACCAAUCAAGUCCCUGAUUGCAUCACUCUUCUGGUUGAAAGUACAGACCUUCUGUCUACCUA